CCAGGACUUCUUAAAGUCACAAUCAGCACUGCCCGUCUCUCACAAACAAACUCUACCGUCAUAUCAAACAAACACCACAACAUCAGGAAUAUUGCUGUUGUUUUGGAGCACAUUGUCUGAUCAGGCCCAAUGGCUCUGCUCAAAUCUGGCUGGCUCUGGAGACAGUCUUCAGUCCUCAAACGCUGGAAGCUCAACUGGUGUGAUCUCUGGAUAGACGGGAGCUUUGUGUUUUAUAAUUCUGAAAACAGAAGGGACUAUGAGACCAGAGUGAGUCUGAAGACCACCUGUGUGAAUGUGAAGUCUGGACUGGAAUGUGCAGGCAUAUGUCCACCUGAGAGUCAUCCCAGAGAGAAUCUGCUGGUGGUAUAUCUGAAGGAUGGUUCUAUGUUGACUCUGUGUGCAAACAGUGAAGAUGAAGCACUGGCUUGGAAACUUUCACUCCUGGAAGCAAAAAGAAGUCCUGUCUUUACUUACAAUCCCUAUGACGAUACCUAUCAGACUGUUCCAAUUGAUAGCCAUAAUGCAGUUUACAUCAUGCCAGGAUCAGGUUGUGGGGGGACUCAGCAUGUGUGGGUGCAAAGAGACACAUAUGAUGACAGUUUUGGAGAGCAGAUCGCAUUGGGGCUCUUGGCUGGAAUGACUGCAGGUGCUGCGAUGCGUUCACUUCUAUGGAUGCCCUUCUUGUUCUGCUGAGGACCAAUCAGACAACAGGAUGACCACUAGAGUACCAGCAGCUCCAGCAAGCUGAGAGAAUAGACUGGAAAAUUCAGUUCAAAGGCUGCGAGCAUCAAUUGGUCAAUCACGGUGUAAAAGAGGGAGUCGGAGUAAAAUGCAUAGAGUCUGGCUGCUUCACUACAUUAUUUAUGCUAUAAAUGAGAGCACUUUAAAGAAAACAGUCCUGUGCAGUUUUAGCUUCAUAGGUGACAGGACAGUUAAAAACAAAGAUUCCUAACACUUUUUGUAAUCUCCAAUUGGUGAGAUUUGGAUGCUUCUUUGCUCUCAAGAGGAAAUAACUCUCAUAUAGGUUAAAUUGGGUAAAAAGAGAUGGUAUUGUCUAAAAAUUACAAAAUGCCUAAUUAAUCUGCACAUAGCUCUAGACUCUCUACAAAGACAGACUGCUCAUUUUUUCUUGCUGCUAUAAUUUUGUGUAUUAUGUUCAUAUAGUGCUUCCCAAAUAUGUUCUGUGUUUUUGCAGAUAAUUAAAAUCCAUGAGCUAGGUGUUUCUUAAUAAUACAAAUGAUUUCUGAAUUAUAAUGAGUUGUAUAACUCUCUAAAAGUUUCCAGGACUCCUUUUUAGCCUGUAAGGAGAUUGAAAACACAAGUUUUGUGUAUCAAAAUGUUUUACAUAAAUUCAUUAUGGUACACCAGGUUUUGACAAGUCUUCAAAAUGCUUUAAUAUGAUAGUUAAUAAAAAAUGAAAAUAAUUAACUCACCCCCAUGCCAUCCAAGAUGUGUAUGACUUUCUUUUUUCUGCAGAACACAAAGAUUUUUAGAAGAAUAUUUCAGCUCUGUUGGUCCAUACAGUUCAAGUGAAUGGUGACCAAAACUUUGAAGCUCCAAAAUGCACAUAAAGGCAUCAUAAAAGUAAUCCAUACGACUCCAGUGGUUUAAUCCAUGUCUUCUGAAGUGAUCCAAUCGGUUUUGGGUGAGAACUGACCAAAGUCUAACUUCUUUUUCACUGUAAAUCUUGACAUUAGCAGUUUCCUUUGCAGUCGUAAUUUCAAGCUCGAUUACACCUCAUGCAUCACUUCAUUAGAAUGCAAUGGCAAGAUAAACAGUGGAAAAAAAGUUAUAUUUUGUUCUUUGCUCAACCAAAAUCAAUUAGAUCGCUGCAUAAGAUAUGGAUUAAACCACUGGAGUUUUAUGGAUUACUUUUAUGCUGCCUUUAUGUGCAUUUUGGAGCUUCAAAGUUUUUUUUUUUUUUUUUUGUGUGCAUGUUUUGCAGAAGUCGUCAUACACAUCUAGCAAGUCAGGAAGGUGAGUAAAUUAUGAGAGAAUUUUUAUUUUUGGGUGAACUAUUCCUUUAAAAUUAGUCAACGUUUUUGUCAGUUCUCUUGAUUUAGACGGCAGCACAGCAGAACUUACCUCUUGUCUGUUUAUGCACAGCUGUACUAAAGUUGCAACAUAAACAAGCUUCAAAUACUGUUGUGAAUCUUUUAGGUUAAAAUAAAGACUGCUACCAC